AUGGUUGUUGGAUUAGAUACUGUUACCAAUCUCACCGUGACGACGCAUGCAUCGAGACAAUCGGACAUCAAAUUGGAGAACAAUGCUUACACCGACAUUCUACUGGCAUUUGACGAAACCAUUCCACAUAGCCAGUCAUUUAUCAACAAAACUAAGGAAUAUUUUACAAGGGCGUCGAAGAUAUUGUACAUAGCUACUCGCCAGAGGGCGUACUUCAAGGACAUAAAAAUCCUAGUCCCCAGCACAUGGCCAGAUGACCCUAGCUAUCAAAGUGCGAGUGUGGAUCAGACCGUUUACAAAUCUGACGUUAUCAUCACAAGUUCAAGCAUAAAAAAACGGAGCAUCCCACAGACUCGGACGUAUGGCGGAUGCGGAAGUCAAGGGAUACAUAUACAACUAAAUACCGACUUCCUGUUCAAAGACAGGUACCCUCCAUACUGGUCACGUUCAGACAAGUUCAUCGUUCACCAGUGGGCAACUUUUCGGUGGGGCGUAUUCCAGGAAUACCCUAGUGAGGGGGAGCAGACCUUCUUCUUCUCGACAGCCUUUGCCCGAAUAGACGCCGUCAAGUGCAGCAUUCUUCUGAAGGGCCGUUUUUAUGUAAAUGCUGGAAAUCACAAGUUUUUACAAUGCCAGAUAGAUCCCAGUACAGGCCUUUACAAAGAAGAUUGUAUAUAUUAUCCCUACCCACGCUAUCCGUCCGGCAUUCAGACACACGUAUCUCUGAUGGACCACCAGUAUAUCCAAGAGAUAACAGGUUUCUGUGACGAUGAUGCCGACUAUGCAACCAAACACAACGCCGAGCCUCUUAAUCGUCAAAACCGUCUCUGUAGUCACCGCAGCACGUGGGACGUCAUUUCCAAUACACCGGACUUUGCGGGAGGGCGCAACCCACCCACCAACUACACGGACGCUCAGCUGGUCCCAAGCUUUACAUUUAUCAAAGCAGCCAGAAAACGGAGGUCCGUAAUAUUGAUGCACAUUGGUCAGCUCCAUCAGAACGACGAGAGUUUUAUGAAACUGUACCAAGCAGUAGCACACUACGUGAGGGCUAAUGAGGGACAGAGGGAAUAUGAGAUUCUACUUCCCGAAAGGCUGAAGGAAAUGCUAGGGUCCAUACGAGUGGCUAGGUCGGCAAGAGGAACGAAAAUCAAUUUUCACGCCAUUGCAGGUGGGGAUCAUGACUUCUCCAAUAUAGACCAAGCUGCCAUUAAGAAGCUUUUCCCUGGAGAUAAUUUUCCUUCUCAAAAACAAGUAAUCGUCUUCAGUACUAACCAGACGAGCCUCCCAAACAUGACGGCUUUCAAGUCAGCCGACGUCACACUUCACUGGAUAUCGCUACAUCCUCAUCCGGGUACUCACGAAGACACAGCGGCACCUCUGUACUACAGCCAUGGCCACCCUGAGUCGAUGGCUCACCUAGACGCUGUGUAUGACGUCAUUCAGAGGACAGACGGCACUAACUCGUGUACUGUCAAG